AGUAAUUAAACUGCUCAGAUUACGUAUUGUUCAUUACAAAUCCAGCAUUUCUCAGCUGCAAGAUGAGGUACAAUUUCUGCAAUAGCAACACGAUUUUAUGCAUACUUUUGUGCCAUAUAUUUCUGAUAUCUAUGAGCUUGGCUUCUACAAAUGAACCAGAUCGAUUGGCUCUGCUUGACCUGAAAAGCAGAGUACUCAAAGACCCACUUGGAAUCAUGAGCUCUUGGAAUGAUUCCACGCAUUAUUGUGAUUGGUUUGGUGUUGCCUGCAAUUCCACGGUCAAAAGAGUAGUGGCUUUGAACUUGGAAUGUCGAAAACUGACUGGUUUGAUACCGCCUUCUCUGGGGAAUAUGACUUAUCUCACUGAAAUCAAUUUGGGAGACGACAAUUUUCAAGGCCAUAUUCCCCAGGAGUUUGAUAAGGAUAGAGAUGCACCGGUGAUGGCGCAGUGGAAUUCAUGAUCGAGCUACUGGGACUAGUUUUUACGCUUCCGCAUCAUGAGAUUUAGAAUUUUUUUCAUGUUUCUCU